GAGUACAAGAAAGGAAGCCCUGUUCCCAUUCUUUUAAACCCCACCAUUAAUACUACUGCGCUACUAAAAGCCCACCACCAUUUAUUACUUCUAUUUCUUUUUCUUCCCCUUCUUUUAGCCUUCCUUCCCCUUGACUGACUGACUCACCUUUCCAACCCCCCCCUCCUUUUCAUAUUUCCCUUGUUUUUGUGUGUGUGUUUGUGUUUUGUUAUACGAUUAUCAAUAAGAAUCAUCAUCAUCAUGUCAGGCUUAUACACACACAACUUCUCACCUGUAAGAGCAUCUCCACAUGUAAGAACAACCCCUGAUGUUGACAGUGGUCAAUAUCUGGCAGAGCUGUUCGAGGAGCACCAAAAGUUUGAACCUUUCAUGCAAGUCCUUCCUAUCUGUAGCCGACUUUUGAAUCAAGAGAUAUUGAGGGUCUCUGGAAGGACCCCCAACCAGGGGUUCAGUGACUUUGACAGACUACAAUAUGGAAGCCUGAGCCCUAUGGCGUCUUCUGACAUGAUUCCAAAUAAUAUAGGAACAGGCUUCAAUGGGUGGAAUGGACUCCAACACGAAAGAUUAGGACCACAGGGGAUGAGUAUAGACUGGCAAGCAGCUCCGGCGAGCCCAAGUUCCCAUAUUGUGAAGCAAAUAUUGCGCUUGGAUAUUCCAGUUGAUAGCUAUCCAAAUUUCAAUUUUGUCGGGCGGCUUCUGGGACCUAGGGGAAAUUCACUAAAGCGAGUGGAAGCUUCUACGGGCUGCCGUGUGUAUAUUAGAGGAAAAGGUUCCAUAAAAGACCCAGAGAAGGAAGAGUCUUUAAGAGGAAGGCCAGGUUACGAGCACCUAAGCGAGCAGCUGCACAUUUUAAUUGAGGCUGAAUUACAUGCCAACGUUAUUGAUGCGAGACUGAGACAAGCACAGGAAAUCAUAGAAGAACUGCUCAAGCCUGUGGAUGAGUGUCAGGAUAUGUACAAGAGGCAACAGCUGCGAGAGCUAGCAAUGCUGAAUUUGAGUUAUAGGGAAGACAGCCCAGGUGGGAGUGGCAGCGUCUCUCCCUUCACCUCAAGCGGAAUGAAGCGGGUCAAAACCGGUCAAUAACAACGUUUGAUACGGCCGGUCCAAUCUCCUCUUUGGUGGAUCUCUGAAAGACUCCUUGGAAGGAAUGUCAUAAAUAUAGUUAUGUAUUGCUCUGCUCUACUUAUAGUGGUGGUGGCAUGUCAAAUUCUGUACAGCUAGCUGCAAACAAGUAUGGUUUGGCGAGUUGGUGAUAGUUUGAAACAGGUCAUUCUUUGUUAGCCAAAAAAACAAACACUAGCAAAAAACAAUUGGAAAGGAAAUAGAAAUUCAUUUUUUUUUAAAAA